CAGUGACCGUGCCUCCUUCAGCCUCUCCCCACUGAUUCCCGGAGCCAUGAAAAUCUUUUCCUUUAUUCUUGCUGCCAUCAUCCUUCUUGCUCAAAUCUUCUCAGCCAGAGGAGGAUUUCAAAGACAACUACACUGUCAGAGAAUGGAUGGUCGCUGCGAAGUCGAAUGCCUUUCCUUUGAAGAUAAGAUUGGAGGCUGCCGAGCUGAACUGACACCAUUUUGCUGCAAAAAAAGAGAGAAUAAUUAAAAGCUAAGCCGCGACUACACACAGGGA